AUGGAGCUGGCAGGCCCAGUUCCCGAGCUCCGGUCUGGUGAAGAAGAUCUCGUACCGGACCCAUUCCUCCCUGAGUUCGAACGCCUGGGCCAGGAGAUCUUCUUGUACACUCCGACAGUGCUGGACACGAAUGUCACACCAGCUUCCUCUGCGGGUUUGAGCGAGUCAAAUCAUCCGCAUUUAUAUAUUGUUUGUUCCUGGAUGGGCGCGAGAUCACGCAAUAUCAAGAAAUACAUCAAGACCAUCCAGACGCGGUUCCCUUUCUCCAAAAUCCUUCUGCUCCGGCAGGACGGAGGCGACCUUUUCUGGCGCCCAGUCAGUCAGCAGAUGAAGAACCUUGAGCCGGCAGUUGGAGUGGUCAAAAGACUUGCUGACAUUAGGAGGCCAGACCCUCUACGGGUGUUGGUGCACAUUUUUUCAAAUGGCGGCUCGUACACAGCAUGCCAGUUCGCCGACGCGUUCCGGAGCUCUACGGGCGAGCUGCUGCCUGUCUCGGCAAUGGUCCUGGACAGCACACCAAGCUUGCCAUCCACAUCGCGAAGUCACACAGCGAUCUGUGAGUACCUUCCCAAAUCUGGCUCUCUACGUGCACUGGGAAGUGCUGCGGUUUGGGCUUAUCUGGGGUUCGGGAAAAUUGUGAAUAAAGUUGCACAAAAAGAAGACAUCACGCUCUCGCUGCGUAGACGUCUGAAUGACCCUGAAGGUGCUUUCACGCAGGGCAAGGCCAAGCGAGUGUAUAUAUAUUCUCAAGCAGACAAGCUCAUCCCAGCAGCUGAUGUCGAGUUACACGCUCAGGAAGCCAUGCGCGCCAUUGGCGAGGAAAGAGUCCAGCUCGAGGACUUUGUGACAAGCAGACAUGUGGGACAUGUACUGGUUGAUGAAACCAGAUACUGGAGUAUUGUCGAAAAUCUGUGGAAAGAUAUAGUCACGCCAGUCCGUGAAGGAUGA